AUGUCGGUGUUCUCCAUCAUCAAACGGGGACGGCAGCAAGCCAAGGAACAUCAGGCCAGCAAAGCUAAAAAGACCAAAGAGGAAGCCGCCAAGAUUCCGUACAAGCAUGUGCCCACCCAUGCUGCCAUUGAUGCCCUGUCAGGUGCCCCUUCCAGUUGGAGGCAUGAUGAUCGACCCAAGAUUAUGGAGCAGAACCGUCGACGGAGUGCCAUGGUACCAAGUGGAUCUGGUACCAACUUAAAUGGCAUGCCUCGAGUUGGCAGCUCGCUAUCCUACGUUUCUUACCCAUCAGCACAUGCGACCCCCGUGGUGCCUCUCCCGAUGAACUACAGUUUCAGCAGCAUGCCAGCCUCUUUAGGCGUCAACUACACGGAGCCAGACCACUCUAGCCAACCGGGCAGCAGCAGGAAAGGAAAGGAGCCCGAGUCAGCACCUACACUGCUGACUGGAGUGGCUAUUCCCCUGCAGAAGUCCUCGUGCCGGGCUAGCGCAAUGUCCAGCAAAGUUGGAUCUCGUGCUGGGAGUCCGGGCAACUCAAGCGGCUCCGACGACGACCUCGAGAUACGCCCCUAUAAUCACAGUGUGAUGACAUACGGCCUUCAACCCGAACCUUCUGGCGAGAGGCCUGGUCGUUCUCGUCAAAACUCAUCGGACAGCGUCAGCUUCCAUCGGUUACAUCCAGCACAUCAACGAAGAACUUCGGGUACUCAACCCAGCCCCGUGGAUCGCACUUAUCCUCCAGCAUCCCGAAGUUCCCACUUCACAGCUCCUCAGCCAGUAAAUCCUCACACCAUAAGCAGUGACAGCAUGUUGACACCACCUAUUCCGAACCUACCCGCUCUGCAAUUUACCGUCUCUCCUGCUAUUUCUGGACCUACCUCGUACGCUUCUUCGAUGGCAUCCAUUGGUGUCGCAGCGUCCACUACCCCAAGCUCUAUCGUCUCAACCCCUACCCCUACCGCCAUGACUGGUUUCCCUUUCAAUGAAGACAAGCCCGCACCCGUAGCUCAGCUGCGGCACAAGACGUCAAAGGACUUGCUUGUUUCAGAUACCGUUGAAGAAGAGCAGCCCAGGCAGAAGACCAAGCGAAGACUGUCAAAAACGACCAGGUUUGCCGAGCUGGAAUCGAACGAGUAUGGGGUCCAAGGGUCCGUUGAGACGAUAAAACCAAAUACCGCCGCCGCCGCUGCUGCCACAAUUCCCGAGUUAAACCCAGCAAUGAUGCAUCAGCCAGCCGCUGCCAAGCCUGUCGCUGUAAUGGUUCCGACGACCUCGAGGAGACUCAGCAAAACCCCCGAAGUAAAAGUUGCCAAGGAAUCAAAGAAGGUGAAGAAUUGGUGGUAUUCCCGAAGCAGCAAGGCGCCAGCGGAGGUUGCCGUGUGA